CCUUUCUCAGGCCGUUGUUAGGAACGCAACUGUAGUUGCUAGGCUAAGGACCCCCGCUUGCAUGGUGUCCACAGAAGAGCCAGUUUUACUUUUGUAUUACAAUGUAAAAUAAUGAUUAAAAUAACUGUGCGUUGUUAAAAGAAGCUAACAAAAUGCCACGCAUACGAAUUCCGAGUAUAUGUGUGCGGCAAGUCUAACUUUAUCAUGUGUUUUGUACCUUUUGUAAAACGGCAGUUGGACUUCUUCUCUAGCGUUUAUUAUUAAUGUCGUCAUCCUAUCCAAAAAGAAGUGGCACACAAACCUAAACUGUGCCGCUUUAAGUUUACAUUAGCAUCUACAUUAGACUACUAGCUAGAUCUUGGGAAUUGUGAAGUUAAAAGUUUUAAAUACAAGCAUACACGUAUUCUGUGUUUGCACUUAAGGAAUGAAACAACCGCUUGUCUAUUGCCCUAACAGAUAACGUACUAUUUGCCAGCUCUGUCCGUUACGUUAGCCUCUGUUCACCGUCGUCAUGGACUCGUAUCACGUUUUAGAGCUGGUUGGAGAGGGCUCGUUUGGUCGAGUUUACAAGGGAAGGAAAAGAUUUACUGGCCAAGUGGUGGCCCUAAAGUUCAUGCCAAAGGUGGGUCGUUCUGAAAAGGAGCUACGGAGUCUCAAAAGGGAGAUUGACAUUAUGAGGGGUCUUCAACAUCCAAAUAUUGUUCAACUCUUUGACAGCUUUGAGACAGACACUGAGGUUGUGGUUGUAACUGAGUAUGCAGAGGGUCAGUUGUUCCAGAUUAUUGAGGAUGAUGGGAAUUUACCAGAGAGCCAGGUCCAAGAGAUCGCCUGCCAGCUGGUCUCAGCUCUGUAUUAUUUGCACUCCCAUCGUAUUCUUCACCGUGACAUGAAACCACAAAACAUUCUGUUGGGAAAAAGUGGGGUGGUGAAAUUGUGUGACUUUGGGUUUGCUCGGGCCAUGAGCGUCUCCACCUUGGUGCUGACUUCUAUCAAGGGAACACCACUGUACAUGUCUCCUGAGCUGGUGGAGGAGAAGCCAUAUGACCACACUGCUGAUCUCUGGUCCCUGGGCUGCAUCCUUUAUGAACUCCACACGGGGGCCCCUCCGUUCUACACUAACUCCAUCUUCCACCUGGUGCAGCUUAUAGUUAGAGACCCAGUCAAAUGGCCAGACACUAUGAGCGACACCUGCACGAGUUUCCUAAAAGGUUUGUUGACCAAAGACCCUCAGAAGCGGUUGUCAUGGCCAGACCUCUUGCACCAUCCCUUUGUUGCUGAUGGUGUUUUAGUCGUGUCAGACACAUGUGUUUACAGCCCUCUGACAGUCACACCCAGCCCAGACAUGAUGGCACUGAAACUUCAGCAAGUGGCGGCAAAGAUGGUAGCAAGUCCUGGAGGUAGCAGAUUAUUGCAAAAAGUAAGGGAACAGAUGGACAACGGUAACAGAGGGAAACCAGUAGGCAGUGACAGUGCGAAAAAAAAGAAAGAUGGAGUGGGAAGUGAAAGGGCCUUGUCUGGGAUGGCAGCAGCAUCCCCUAGAGCCACGCCCCCCUGCAGUGAUGUCUCUGUUACCUCCGUUCACUCGGUCAUGAUAGCUGCCAAUCAAAGCUUCAACCCAAAGAAUCAAGCCUUCGUGAGAUCAAAGCACAGGGGUCAGAUCAGCAGGGACUAUGAACAGGAGUUCCCCUCUGUCGAGGUUGGGCCGCAACUAGUGCAGAGAUGCAAUGAAGACAGUCGGACAACACUACACGUGGAGGAUUUUGACAGUGAGGAUUACUGGGAGAAACUGGCCCAAGAAUCUGAUCCAAGCAGCCAACAGAGAGAACUAUUAAACUACGGUGCUAUUAUACCUCAACUUAAAUCCAAGAUCCUGGCAUUUAAAGCUCAGCAAACAGGUGGCGUUGUUGAAGAAGUGUGGCAAAUUCACCUACCGCUGAAGGUCCUACACAACCUGGUUCUGUCCUCUGAUCUCGAGAAGUCAUGCCACAUUAGUCAUGAACUCGGAUUACCCCUUGUUCUCUUUGACCUAGUCCAGGAUGCUGUAGAAAACCUAAACUUCAUCAAGCAACCAUGGAGUGUGCCAGCACUUGGAGACAUGAUUGUUGUGCUCAUGAUCUACUGGGAGAAGCACUGUGACUGGAUGGAAGAAGAGCAUAGACUGGAAGAGUUCACCAAGCCUUUUAUCACAAUUCUCAGUCAACCCAACUUCAUUCCUUUGGCACCACUGGCAGCCUCAGUUUUGUCUUUGUUCACAAAACACAAUGUGCAUGUCAAAGUGGAUAUGGACAAUUUAACCACCUUGCUGAAAUACCUGCUUUUGGACUCAAAUGAGCCCCAGCUGUCUCUUCCUUCUGGCCUUGGACUCUGGGAUGGCCUCCUUUCUUUACUCCUGCACACCCUCACUGAGGAUGAAAAUGGCUCUGGAUCUUCAUGUUUAGAUCCAGUAAUGUUUCUGGAUCUAUGGAAAACAAUUGGCACUUCACUAGCACUAAGGACAACACCAGACACAGACUUCUGUUCAGCAAAUGGGCUGCAUUCCUUUCUGUCAAUUGCGCUGGUUGUCUUCACCAAGGACCCAUACUCAUGCGCUCCUCUGUUGUCUGAGCAUGAAUCAAAAUGUGUAUACACUCUUGUUCGCCUGCUGGAAACUGACUGUCUUCAUUUGUGUGAUGAAGGCAAUCCUGGAGGACUUGAGGUGGAUCUGAGUCACACCAGCCUGUCUGUGUUAAGCUGCCACCUGUUGUGCUUUCCAUUUGCUCUGGACUUGCAAUCACACACCAUGUCCACGAUUUUACAGUUGUAUGACAGUUGUGGUAUCGUUGCAAGCCUCCUGCAGGUAAUUCAAACUCUUCCUCCUUCGCUAUUAGAGCUGCCUCUCUCCCUGCUCAGCCGUUUGCUCCUGUGUGACCCCGAGCGCUCUGUUUCCCAACUCGGAAAAGCUGCCGGUGGUUUUUUUGCGCCACCCAAAAGCAGCCAGCUCACUGCCUCCAAACCCCAGACUCCGCGAAGCAGAACUGCCAGCUCUCUGCUCUCUGACUUGCUGCAGCUGGAUGUGCUGUGGGAUUCUGCCGUGGAGCUCUUAACUUUGUUGUCCCAAGUAGCCCGUUGUUCCCCUCGGCCCUCCCGACUUCAGCUUCACCUAGAAGAAUCAGCGCUGCACCCGGCGCUGGCUCACUCUAAUGACCAGGUCAGGGCUGCCACAUGCAGACUUUUGGGAAAUUUGGAUCCAUUCAGGCCUACACUGCACACCCUGCAACCUGACAUUUUCAAAAGCAUGAUAGACUGUCUAGAUGAUUCCUGCACGGCUGUCCGGCGGACGGCUUGCAGGGCAGUCGGGAACUGGUUGGGAUAUAUCGCGGCAGCGGCAGGUUAUAAAAUGGGUAGGUUAAUUGGAAAGGGCAGUGACACUACAGGGCGGGGCAAAGGGAAGGAACCAAAUAAACACACAUGUUCCCAAAGUGAUGGUGCAGGAGAUUUAGACUAUAUAGUAGAACAGGGAGUGGACAACAAGGAGUGGCGCAGGUGGAUGGAGGAAGCCAGGAGGACGGCGGCCAUGCUGGCGCCUCUGAUCACAGACCCUGACGCCCAUACACGUCGGCACUGCUGCGCAGCUCUAGGAAACCUAGUAAAUGUUGAUGGCGCUGUGUCCUUGCUGUUGAAGGAAGACAUGUCCAGCUUACUUCUGAGAGCCGCUUGCAUGGAUUCCCAUGAUGCAGUGAGGCAAGCUGCCAUAGCAACCCUGUGCCUGUUCAGCGAGCAGGACGCAAUACGUCAGGUCCUGAUAUCCCUCGAUGCCAGCAAGAAACUUCUUCAGGCUUCGCAACAUGCACCUCCACAAUGUGACUAUCAUCAGCUCCUCAGCCAGCUGGAAGUGAGUCCAGUUCAGUAGGAAUGGUCGCAGGUUUUAACUGCCAUGUGUGAAUAAUUCUUCUCUUGUCUUACUUACUCACACCACAUCUCCUUUCUGUCUUAAGCAGUCUGAGGUCAAAGCAACCCCAUUGUUUUUGUAAAGUCUCGUUUUUUUUA